AUGGCCAGCUCAGGCAACUCCAUCCAUACUCUGAACCUAAACACAAACCUGAACCUGAGCGCCAACCCCAGCGGCGCCUCGCACGACCACUACCUUCGGAACGAUUAUGGAUAUGUGCAUUUCACGGGGGUGUCCGUCACGCCGGCGCAGUUCCCGGGCCUGCACACCCUCGGCAUGUCCUUCGCCCGCGCCGACCUCUCCGCAGUCGGCGGCGUCAACCCGCCCCACUACCACCCGCGUGCCACCAAGAUGGCGCCCGUCCUCGCCGGCCGUGUCUACGCCGGCUUCGUCGACACGGGGGGCCGCCUCUUCGCCAAGUUCCUCGUGGAGGGGGAGGUCAUGGUGUUCCCCCGCGGCAUGGUGCACUUCCAGCUCAACGUCGGCGACCAGCCCGCCACCGUCUAUGGCACCUUCAACAGCGACAACCCUGGGAUCGUGCGCAUCCCCGCCACCGUCUUCGGCUCCAGGAUCAGGGACGCCGUCCUCGAAAGGGCCUCCGGCCUCACCGUGGAAGAACUCCGUGGCAUAUUUCCAACACUCCGGCGGAUCGAGAAGAGGUUCGGCGUGCCCAACAAGGCCGAGCUGGAGGACUAG